AGCAGAGCCUGGAGACAGGUGCAUACGGCAGCCGCUCCAGAGCGUACAAAUCCUGACCCCAUUGCAGCAGCGAACAUUUCUAACAGUGAUAGAGGGAGGUCAGAAGCACUUGAUAUUUACUGUCCUUGGAAGAGAAGCACCAUGGCUUGCAUUGAGGAGUUCUACAGCGGCUGCCGAUGCUCCAGUAACGGGGAACGGCAGCCAAACGCCAUCCUUUACAACAUCCUGAGCCAGAAAGAGAACCACAGCAACUCCCACAACUACAGCGUAUCGCAGCGCAACUGCCACUGCGAGGUCCGGAGGUCAGUCUGCCUGAAGACCCCCGUCCUGACCUGUCAAGUGGCGUCCGACGUCCUGGUGAGGACCGUCCGCUUCAUGAAGAACCUCCCUUCUUUCCAGCAGCUCCCCGACAAGGACCAGCUGUCCCUGCUCCAGAGCGGCUGGGCCCCCCUCUUCAUCCUGGGCCUGGCCCAGGAAGGGGUGAGCUUCGAGGUGACCGACUCGCCAGCCCCCAGCAUGCUCAAGAGGAUCCUCCUCAACGGGCAGAGGGAGGAUUCGGACAGGGCGCACCCCACGCUGGCUGGAGUACAGAGACUCAAAUCCUGCCUCAAUAAGUUCUGGAGCCUGGAUCUCAGUCCUAAAGAAUACGCCUAUCUGAAAGGAGCCAUGCUCUUCAAUCCUGACGUCCCCGGGCUCCGGAGCUCUGUGUUUAUCGACAGUCUGCAGCAGGAAGCCCAGCGAGCCCUGCGUGAGAUCCUGGUGCCUCUUCACCCUGAAGACAGGGGGCGCUUUGCUCGCAUCCUGCUCACCGCCUCCACCUUGAACACCACCCCCCCCGCACUCAUCACUGAGCUGUUCUUCAGGCCCGUCAUCGGCCAGGCGGACUUACUGGAACUGCUGGCGGAAAUGCUCCUCACUAAAUAAACCAACAGAACCGGGGGUCCAUGCGUGGACUCUGUUUACCGUCCGCGUUCUCGCUAUCACUGGCUGUGUAGAGCACAGUCUGUCAGGCUGGUUAAGAGUCGCACUCCAAAGCAGCUGUUGCUUGCUGAAGUCGACUCCAGCGUGUGUGAAGGACAGGGACACGGCAGGAAAACCAGAGAGAGACAGAAACUCUAGAAAGACAGACUGUGGACUCGUCUCCCAUGUGGAUAACCAGUAUAUAACCAAGCCAGUAUGUCAUAUUGUCAGCCAGAUAUUAACUCCUAUGAAAGUGUCCCUAUGUGAGUUCAUUACAAUAUAUGUGUCUGUAAAAAAUAAAAAACGCGACACAUAUUAAACAUUUACUGUAUGCUAUGCUGUAUACAAGGCACGUAUAUUGAUCAAUACAGGCUGGGUUCAUAUAUUGAGCAAUAUCCACAAUUGGCUAAGAUGGCGAGUUCGUUUGUUAGUGCUGGCUGUUAGGAAGAAAUGACGUUUGUCGAGUUUUGUUAGUAUUUGUGUUCUACAAAAUGUGUUCGUGUGUCUUUAAAUUAUAUUUUAAAUAUAUACGAGAUGCUUUGAAAAGCCUUUAUUUUUCAUUAAAAGACUAAAC